GUGUGUGUGUGUGUGUGUGUGUGUGUGUGUGUGUGUGUGUGUGUGUGUGUGUGUGUGUGUGUACUGACUGUAGAUAUUACCCAAAAAGCCCCAACAAUGCUGAAAUAUACAAGGGCAUGUUAAGAGCAUACCGAGGAGUCGAAGGAUAAAUGGACAAAGAGUGAAGGUGGUGCAUUACUGACAGAUGAGUUAAUGGUCAAAAAACAAAGAUGACUUUUAUAUAAUCCCCAACAAUAUACAGUGGAGUGAAUCCUAACUCUGUUAUGAGCGUCAUCCAGGGGUCAAUAAGGAAUUAACUCAUCUUAAACCACAAUGGAGUUUUGAUCCAAGCCACAGAGGCACACUUACAAUCAGAUUUAUGAUUCCACCACUUCUGUUUCAUAGUCUGCUCAUGUUUAGAUAUAUGCACAUGCAUUACAGUAUGUGUGUCUGUGUGGAAACUGUAGUUCAGUGGGGUGUGUCUUUCUUGGUUAACCGUGGCCUACUGUCUAUAUUUAGCUUUAAACCCUCUCCUUUCCCCUUCUGUGCUCCCCUGUGUGACCCUCGCUCAGUGCUGCAGGCAUUUCCAUAUCAGAACACGGAGAGACGGAGCUGACUUACAGGAAGUGAAAGACAGAGAGUUUAUGUUAGCUGUUUGAGUUUAAUGUAUCGGUUUACAAGUAGAGCGACAAUGUACGAGAAGAAGUGUAUACUUUAGGGUUAUGCGGGAACUCUGCUUUAGAUUGACAGCAGCUUGUUAUCCAGGUGUAGACAAUGUGUAUAUGUAGUGGUCUUUUGGCAGCCUCUCUUUCUGUGGCGUAACGAUGGAGGAUGGCGAGUUGGUCAUUCGUGUGCCAGGACGGUCUGAGUCCAGCAGGAGUUGUGCUGCUGGCGGUGGGUUUGGGGAGACGUUGGUGUUGCAGCACAAAGAGGUUCACCACUUCUUCUUCGUCCCCUUCAGGGAGCAGCCCAUCUACAGCACGAGGGCCCACGUCUUCCAGAUUGACCCCAACACCAAGAAGAACUGGCUGCCCACCAGCAAGCACGCCGUCACCGUCUCGUACUUCUACGACAGUACGCGCAAUGUCUACCGCAUCAUCAGCCUGGAUGGCACCAAGGCAAUAAUCAACAGCACCAUCAGUCCCAACAUGACGUUCACAAAGACCUCACAGAAGUUUGGCCAGUGGGCGGACAGUCGAGCCAACACGGUGUACGGCCUGGGAUUCUCCACCGAGCAUCAUCUAGCCAAG